AUGAGUGCACCCCUUUAUCGCCGCCGCCGACCUGCUGUUGCAUGUAUCGAGUGUCGACGACGUAAAGUGAAAUGUGAUCGCGCAUUUCCCUGUGGCCCAUGUGGCAAUGCCUCCCUGCUGUGUGGCUAUCGUAAUCCCAAUGAUGGAUUGGCCCCGACCGAUCUCCGCGCUGGCCCGACGGCCACUGAUCUGCCUGCUUCCACUGUCUCCGAGGAGGAUGGUGCACAAACUGGAGCUCGCGGUAGUGCCAGUAUACCGCAACUCUUCCCCUUCCCGUCAAUGUACACCUUCUCCGGGGAUACGGGGAUGAAUGAAAAUGAGCCUGUGGAGCUCCCCGGGCGCACCGUAUCCCACGCUAAGAGCUUGGGUUGUGGCAAGCUUUACAUCCAGUCGUCAUUUGGACAGUCGGAGCAUUUGAACUUUCUGCUGCACAGGUCGGACCAUGCGGAUAUCCAAACGCUCUGGGAACAAUGCACCCUUUAUGCCCGGAUCAUUAAGUCGAAGCGAUCCAUCAAGUAUUACACCCAGCUAGGCCCACCGAAUAUCACCAACAAUCUGCUACCCAGGUCGACCUGUGACCGCCUGGUCAUGCUCCACCUGCACACAUUUGAGUCAGUGUUUCGGGUGCUGCAUAUUCCAACCUUCAUGCAACAGUAUGAGCUGUACUGGAACAACCCACAGGGUGCCAGCCGGGCUUUCCCCUCCAUCCUUGCUCUUGUGCUGGCCAUCGGGGCCUGCUUCGUCUCGGAGGCCGAGGCGGACGAGCUUCAACUGUUGGCGCCUAAGUGGAUUGCUGGUGCGCAAUUUUGGCUCACUGAGAGCUUUGCAAAGUUCGACAUUGAUCUGUCUGUGCUGCAGGUCUCGGCCUUGCUGCUGUUGGCGCGCCAAACACUCCCCGACCCGUCUGAGCUGGUCUGGAUCUCGGGUGACUUUCCCCUGCGCAUCGCUAUCGGACUCGGUCUCCACAAAGAGGCGCGAAUCCAUUUCCCGGAGUUUUCGCCCCUUGAGGCUGAGAUGCGGAAGCGUCUGUGGGCUACCAUUCUGGAGAUGUCUGUCCAGUCAUGUCUUGACAUGGGCAUGCCACCAUCCAUCUCCAAUGACGAUUUUGACAGCGAGCCUCCAUCCAACAUCGAUGAUAUUGAUACCAGCAAUCUACCAGCUGCAGCGGAUAUCGCAGAUGGUUUUACCCAAAACACCAUUCAGCGGAUGCUGAUGCAGACCAUGGCAGUGCGGCUGCAGAUCCUCCGCUAUUGCGGACCGACGCCCCAUUGCACAGAUGAAUGUGCAAUGGUCUCAAAGCCAUAUGAAGAACUUGAUGGGCCUGUCGGCGACGCUGCAGUUGGACGCUGA